CAAGAAUCUUCUACUUGGUCUUCGGUUUAAGGCUUAGAGCUAGUAAGCAGCUUUUGUAACAGAAAUUUAGAAGAGAAAAUGAGUGUAGAAUUGUUGGAUGGUGCCACUAUUCUCAACUUUGUAGAGGAUGAAAAGGCCUUUGAGGGUUCAGUUCACGAUCGUUUUGCUUAUCUUGACACAGACCACGAUGGGUUGCUGUCCUACGCAGAGAUAGUGAAGGAGAUUCAGAGCCUCAGGGUCUUUGAGACCCACUUUGGCAUCGAUGUCAAGACAGACCCAGAUGAGCUUGCUGCUGUCCACCAUUCUCUCUUUGUCCAGUUUGAUCAUGAUUCCAAUGGGGCAGUUGAUUUGGAGGAAUUCAAAGCAGAGACUAAGAGGAUGAUGCUCGCCAUGGCAAAUGGGCUCGGAUUUUUGCCUGUGCAAAUGGUCCUGGAAGAGGACAGCUUACUAAGGAAAGCUGUGGAACGGAAGUUGGCCCAAGCUGCUGCUUAAGUUAAAUCUUUCUUUAAUUUAUAUAUUUUUUUUCCUCUGUCUCUUGUCCAAAGACGACUGGCGUCUUUCUUUUUUCCUUCUUUUCUAGAUUUGCUCAAGGGAACGAAUUAAAGCCAUGUAUGAGUCCUUCGGGAGAAAUAAAGCAACUGCUUCUUUUUAAAUUAUGAAGGAA